CCGUGGUCACGUUUCCUACGCACUCCUCACCUUCCUCUCCCCACACACAAAUCUCGCCCUGUUUUCUCUGCCUUUUCAGGAACUGGCGUUACCUCAGGAAAGCCUGGAGGAUUCUCGAAGCAAGGGGGUGGUGACCGCCCUGUAUGACGCCUUGAGCAGCCGCGACGCGGAGGCAAUCCACCAGAUCCUUGCUGCCGACCUCGAGUGGUGGUUCCAUGGUCCGCCGUCGCACCAGUUUUUGAUGCGACUACUCACCGGAGAACAGGAAUCGAGCUUCCAAUUUGUUCCCCACAGCAUCGCCGCCUUCGGCUCUGUCGUCCUCGCCGAAGGAUUCGACGUCCGCCGCUCCAUCGCCUGGGUUCACGCCUGGACCGUCAACGAUGGGGUAAUCACUCAGGUCAGGGAGUAUUUCAACACUUCCCUCACCGUCACCCGCAUCGGGAAGACCGGCGCCAUUUCGCCUCUCCAUUGCCCCUCGAUUUGGGAGAGCAGCCUCCCCGAUCGCGUCGGGAAAUCCGUGCCCGGCCUCGUGCUUGCCAUCUGAGCUCGAAACGACGCCGUCUCCUACGGAACGGUAAAUUGUCAAAACAUUGUGUGAUAUUUAUUUACUUUUAUCUAUUUAUGCUAUAGUUAACGAAUAAAGGAGGAAUCGUUAUUGCUUGUGCUGCGUUGUGCGUAUGGUGUGGUCAGAGGUUUGUACGGUUGGAUCUUCCGUCUGAGAGGACGUGAGGUUAGAUGAACGGCUAGGAUUGAUUUGGGGGUGUUUGAUCGGCGGCUUUGUUGUUUCUGGUAUUGCUAUUGGUCUAUGUGUGUAGGUAGGUAGGUGUCGUGACGUGGCGACCAAUAGGAUGAGGAUUGGGAGGCCUUGCUCUUGCUCCUGUUCUUGUCUUUGUCUUUGGUGUUGCGUUACCUUUGUAAUAACACUUUCACUUCACUCCUUUGUGACUGUGAAGGUGACUGUGACUGAAUGCCAUUGCUGCUUUACCUUU